UGGAGAAGGCAAAAUCGCGCAACAAAGUAGGACCAUGUUCAACUUUUUGUGUCGUGACAACAAUUGCGCUUCUUAAAUGACGCCACCGAAAAGUAGGUAUUCACACAUGCAACUACAAAGCAAACUGCAGUUCACCAUUAACAGUGGCGAUACUUUUGUUGCCUGUGUGAACCCUGCUUUAGAUCAAAUAUGAGCAAUAGGGUUUCAAUCUGUGUAAAUGUUUUCGAUUUUUAUUCAGUAUGGCAAUCAUAUAUAAAUUUGUUUGCUCUCCUUAUGGAUGUAAGAUUGUGCGUAAAUUAAUAUGCAACUAUUAGCGCUUAUCAUUGUUACGUAUUGAGGUACUAAAAAACCGUAUAAUACAGCUUCUGCUCACUAUUGAUUAUCGGUUAUCAUUAUCAUUAUUUUGAAGACAUUUUUUUCUCUAUCAAUGGUAAAUUAUAAAGCAAUUUUGUUAAUUCUGCAUUAAACUUGGAAAAUAGUGUGUCUAAUGCUGUUGAAGAAGAGAUAUAGACAGAAAUAAAUCAGACUAAAUUAAGUUAAUGAUCGAAAUCAUGUUACGUGAUCCACACAGGAGUUCGCAUCUCGCUCUCGUCAGUUUCUUGUGACAUUGUUUUCACUCUUCGUUUGAUCGCAACACGCAGAAACCACUGCAGGAAAUUUUCGUAUGAGUCGUUUUUGGUGACAGACUUAGCCCGAGGUCUACGUUAGAUUCAAUGGUGAUAAUUUGGUUGCGAGUUGGCGUAUCCAACGAACUCGAACGUUAACUUUGCGGUAACAUAUUGACCCCAAUGUGUCUUCGUUUGGUGCAUGCUAUAUUUCACACAUCGAUUUCGGCCGAACGCUAGUCGUCUCGUAAUGAUUUGCUCGUUAAGUUCGCAGUGUGAUUUUCAAAUAAAUAAGUGUGCAAUCAUCAUUCAUACAUUAGUUUCGCAGUCUAAACCGUUGUAUUUUUACUCCACACACUAUUUUCUACCUGUUUUGUGAUUUACUUCACAGAGUUUAGAUGUGUGGUAAUCGAAACGCACCUCGCAAUUACUGCGAUUGCGAGUGAUAUACCGAUAGCCGAUAUCAGUCGAUUGAGACUGAGUGAGAUUCGUUUCUGUUUCGGUCUUCGGACUUCAUGUGAAGUAAACAUUCGUGUAGCGUUAUGAUUGAAUUGAGGCCUAGUAGGGAUUUACUUGAUCCUGAAUUUGCUGGUUACAAGUUAUCGAUUGACCCCGUACCCUGUUAUGAAUACAGCUUGGAAGAUGAUGUUGACCACAUCCUACCUAGUGAUGAUCAGUACUCACUCCUCCAUGCCAAAGUUUUUGGACUCCAUAAUCACUUGUAUGCAGAUGUAUUAUCAGAAGAUAAUUUAUAUUACGUAGAUGAGAGGUGGAGACUGCGGCGAGUGAGACAAAAUAAUUUGACAGGUCGUUUUGAAGGUCUUCAUACCAUGUGGGAGAUGACAAAACAUCAUCCCCGAAAGCCUGGUCACUACAACCCAUCCCUCAGUUUCACAUCGGCAGAUUUUGCUGUUGUUUCUGAUGGAGCCGGAAGUCUGUAUAUUGUGUACACUGGUAACAGAGAGGAAGCAGAUUCAUUUCAGACAGUGCAUGUUGAAGAACCAUGUGGAGAGGAAAAAGCUUUUAAAGUGAUUCAUUCAAGAUGUAUUUCGGAAGGCGGUCAUAAAUUCAUACACUGCUUGCUACUACAUAUUGAAACAAGGCCUGAAGAAGAAGUAAAAGAGAGCAAGGAAAAGGGAGUCUUUACCACUUUGUUGGAGUGGCUGAUUUUUAAUGAUGGUGGAAUAGGAAAGUGGUCAUUGCAUGCUAGUAGACAGGUGUCUACUGUGAAAGGUAUUGAGUAUGCAGCAAUUGAGACCUAUUGUACAGCAUUGUAUGUUGCCAGUGAAAACCCUGUUGUUUUCACAAAAGAUUCUGAAAAACCUGUGGAGGACAGAAAAAUACUAGAACAAGAAAAUAUGCAAAAGCCAAAGCGCUAUAUGUGGCUUCAAAAUCAGGAGGACAUUACAGUAUGGCUUCAACUUGCGGAGAGUGUUGUGAAGCAGGACAUUCAUGUUAAAGCAUGUGCUGAUUGUUUGACUAUUACUUGUCGUGGUCAAAAUCUCCUGGAAGGGGAUACUUGUCACAGGCUGAGCACAGAAUUACCUGCUGUGUGGACUCUAGAGAAAGGAAAGUUGGAACUUACACUUAAUAAAGAAGAGACAGGACUGAUGUGGAGUUGCUUGUUGAAAGGGUGUGAUGAGGGCGAACAAAUAACGGACCCAGCUCUUGUUGCAGAAAUACAUGAACGUCUUGCACAUCUGUGCUCCGAGACUGAGUCCUCUGGAGGCUGUGUUACUACUUUCAACUCUGAACAACUGGAAGAAUGUGAUGAGGUCAGCAGUAGUGCAUCAUUUUUGCACAGGCUGUGUCCACAAACCCACUCAACCACACACAAGGUAACUUUAGGUGGUCUGCAGUGGCUAUUUAGCUGUCAGCUAAAGCCGGAAAGAGUUCCAGCUAUGUGCCUAAGGCAUGACGUUGAUGGAUGUGUUUGGCAGCCAUAUGAACCUGGCGAUAGCAUUCGCGAGAAACCAGCAACAUCAGAUGAUAAAUGGCCACUGAAACAUGUUGGUACUUUCUUCGCUUUGGGUUACAUUCAAGCUGGAAAGUCACAACGGAAGUUUUCAGUUUGUUCUCCAGAUCUGUCAUAUGUUGCUAUAUGUGAAGCAACUAGACAUAUAUACAUAUACAGACAACCUUGUCCAGUGAAUGGAGAACUCAGAAAUCGUCGAACUGGCAGACAUGUGAAACAAGUUGCAGUGCAACAACUUUUGAACCUUGACUCCCAGGAAGAAAUUCUGGGUGUUCAUGCAUCUAUUGAAUUCCUUUAUGUGUUAACUCCAUCAACUAUGUAUGCAUUUCACAUAAAUGUCAAGGAUUAAAAACAUUUUGUAAAGUUA